AUGGCUGCCAUUGAUGACAAUGUUGUUGGCACCACCUCAGAUUCUGAUUUUACCCGCUUUUUAAAAAGCAUAUCGCUUGAAAAACAACAGCUUGAACUAGAACAAAUGGGCAUACAAUCUAUAGAUCACCUAGCAGACGUAACGGACGGCGAUGAUGCUGAGUUUGCAUUCAUGACAAAAUUCGAAUUUAGACGACUUAUCCGCGAAUAUAAGCAAUUUUGCAUUGAAACUGGCGCUGCAAAGACAAAUUCACCUUCAGGUAGUGCUUGUGGUUCAUAUAAAACGUCAAGUCAAUCUGUCAUUGUAAAACUGCCAAAGUCGUUCAGAAACUUCUUUGGCACACGCGACGGAAUGGGAAAUGUCGUCGUGGGAACGUCAGGUUUAAAAAGCAAGUACAAAAACUUAUGGCAUGAUAGACCCCGCAAUCCAAGCCAGGUUCUGUCGAAUUCGUUUGUGUUGAAGAUGGCUGAAGAAAGAUUUAAAUUUGCAAAGAGUUUGAGAGACUGUGAACUUUGGUGCAGGCAGGAAAGGGCAACCAGAAUUAAGUUGCUUUUAGCAACCAGCGAGUCACCUGCAAUUGACGAAUGGACAGAGUACUAUAAGUCUAUAUAUGGUCAAAUCCAAGAGAUACAGAAGAGAUUUCCUGCGACUGAGGCCAUCGCUGCAAGUCAGACUGACAGUGUUACACUCAACAUAUAUGAGAAACUAUGCAAAUACCAAAUUGAGCUUGUGAGAAUUGAGAAAUUUGCCAUAAAUGCCCUUCAUGCUUGCGAAGGUCAAAUUAGGAAACCACCUAUUUCAGAAGGUAUUAAUUUUAUGGAUACAUGCCUUAAAAUAUAAUUGAUAUGCAUUUAAACUAGGGAAAUCAUAAAUGUCUAUAGAAACUUGCUCUAUAUAAACUUAAGGCUAUUUUGAAGCUUAACUGCAUGUAUGUUGACUUCUUUUUAAUCAUAGAGUGGCAAGAGCCAAAUGAAUUUUAUUUACACCAUCUACCACUGCUGCAAGAGGCUGUUGAGCAUGUUAGUACAAAAGUUACUGCCUUGAAAGCAAAAGUUGAGAUGGCAGCUGAAAAACACAAGAAAACAGCAUCACAUAACAAAAUUCAACAAAGAAGACAGGCAAAAAGAGCAAAGCUUCAUGCUAUUAUAAAUGUGACUGAAGGGCCUGGUGAUGAUUGUCAUGUUGUUGAAACUUCGGAUUGUGAUGGGGCAGACAUAGACUUUCGCAAAGUCCUUUUCAAAUGACGUCACUCUAUUUCGCGCGGUUCCGCUUGGGUUCCUCGUUGAAAAGGACUUUUCCAGCCUGUUUCCCGCCAAUUCACCGGUGCAGAAAUGCACCGGUGACGUCACUCGAAAACUGAUUAAAUUCACUCAGCUAUGACGCCAUUUUGUUUAUGUUGAAUAUUAGUGAUGGGCGAUACCAGGAUUUUUAAUUCGAUACCGAUACCGAUACUUUUAAGAUCGGUAUCGGCCGAUACCGAUACCUACUUCGAUACCAAAAUGAAUACAAAAUUUCAAUUUUCGAUGCCGGAAGUGAGUACUUAAAUUGGUAGUAUCGGCUACUUUCGAUACUUGCCGGUCAGUGGAAAAACAUUUUACAUUACUGUAUGUAACCUAAAUAAAGCUAUAAGUAAAACCAAAAGCCCGAAACGUAAUAAAUAUUUUCUAUACAUGACUUGGCGCACCACAUUUGAAAUAUUAACAGUUAUUUUAGUGGUUCAUUAAGUCUUAUUCAACCAAGAAGUGAAAUAAACAAGUCGUUUAAAAAAGGGUGCAAGUAUCGAACGAUACCAAGUCAGUAAUCGAUACCGAUACCGCUGUUUGUGGUAUCGCUGGUAUCGAAUACCAAGUACUCGGUAUCGCCCAUCACUAUUGAAUAUCUGAAAAUAUUAUAGUGAUGAUAUUUUCCUCGGGGCAAAGCCCCUCGGAAAAUAUCAUCACUUCGGGAAAUACUACGCCGAAUCCCCCUCGCUCCGGGUCUACAAAUGAUAAGUAUACAUGCAUGUAUAAAAAGAAGACAGUGUUUAUAUAAACAGUAUAAAAUGUACUCAGUAGAAGAAGGCAUACAACAUGGUCUUGACAAAGUGGGAUACCAAUCGUUACGAGACGGUCAACAAGAAGUGAUCGAAGCUUAUCUCACGGGUAAAGAUGUGUUUUUUUGUUCUCCGACUGGAUAG